CAUAACAACUAACAGUUUCAUUUUGAUAUAGUCUAUAUUAAAAAGACUUUGACUCGGAACGUGUUAUUACAAGAAUAUAUAGUUGGAAAUACGAUCAACAUGAAAGCAAUGUCGGCAUAUAGUAAUAUGAAUGUGUUCUGGGUGUUCAUCAUUCUUUGCUUACAGAGAGUCGACACUGUGAACAUAAGUCAGAAUGGCGUUGGAAAUGGCGUUAACUCAAACGUGAAGACGGCGAUCAAGGAUAAUCGCAUUUCCACUGAACACUAUGUUAAGUCAUUACGUAAAUUCAGAACACGUAAAUCAAUCAAUGACCUGGCUAUUGAUGCAACCACAAAAUCAAACACUUCUGGUUGUCAGUUCAACAUUUCUCAAGGGAUGAAAGACAAAUUCCGAGAUUAUGUGAACAAUAAAAAAAUUAACUUUAUGUUUAUUUUAAUGAAAUUUUCAACUAAUCAUCGGAAGAACUACAACAAUUAUAAAAGUGACAAAUAUUUCUAUCCACUUUAUCUCACAUGGACCUACAAAGGAGGGCCUGGAGCGGGGUUUCCAAUACUGAGUUACCCAUACGACUUCAAACUGCGAUCACUGGGCUUCCUCUCCUGGCACGUCUUGGACCGUGUCAUUAUUAACAUCAAUGUUAUUCCGAAGAACUGUAACUUCACUUGGGGUGAGUCGCAGAUGAUGGUGAAUCUCCUAAAAGCAGUGCGCACCAUAACUUCUGAGCGCAUGGAGCACAACCAAACAUCAUAUUGGUGCUAUGGGAUAAAGUUUAACCUGUCCGUUGUACGACGUUGGUUGGCACACGUCACAGGUAUGGAAAGCGAGUCCACCGGUUAUAUGUGCAGUACUCCGGAUGAUCCAGAAACGUUCAGCGAGACAUACCACCAAACACGAAUGCCGUAUUUCCUGAAUCUUUUAAGUGUCGCAUUGUUCUCGUUUACACCUUUGUUUUUAUUCAUAUUUGAUGGAAGAAGAACUCUCCCACAGUCAACUUCGACACGGCCCCAGUUAGCCAACGGAGAGAACAGCUAUGAAGUAAUCCAAGGCACGGAUUGUGAGUCAGAUAACGAUGAACCAAUACUUAUUAUGGGGGACCAAUCGCCGUUUACGUGGUUCAGUUUGUUGAAGAAGUUAUUAAGGCUCACUGCCCAUUCACCUCACCCCGUCGGAAACAGACUUAUGAAAUGUUUUGUACUCCUGGUCAUUUUACCAAGCGUGGUUUUUGUCGAUGUUUGGGUGCAUUAUACGUACCUAUGGGGGUCUCUGAUAACCCGAGCUCGCCAGGAUAUCCCAUUGGGAUACUUUGCCAUACCAUUAGGUUAUGAACUCAGUAGAAAAAAUUGGUUAUAUUUCAUGGGUGGGCCAUAUGUAAUAUAUGGUUUGUACUUUUUUCUGUCGACUAUUCUGAUUUGUAUACCAGAUGACCUUGCGUCUGUCAUUGUGUCGCAAGUAGAUCGAGGUGACGCUACCGCCGUCUCUGGUUGUCUUCUCUUUCUCCCUACCGAAGUGAUCGAAGACAGAGGGGGAAUACAAUAUACGAAUAACCCAGCGACAAGUUACAAAAAGCUAUCGGACGCUAUAAAAUGCCGCAUUUACAUGCUAUUACAUCCGAAAUUUUGGCUCUAUUUCUGGAGUGUUUGGAGGGGACGAUUGAGGGUUUGCUACAGACGACUUCCUUCCUAUGGCCUAAUGAAAACAAUCGCGUGCAUCUGUCUCUUCAUACCCGCUUUCGUGAUUAUAACAGUUCUAUUUCUAGUUGAUGUGCUCUGCUGUGUGGCCUACUAUGGGAUACCCAUCGUUUUCUUCACAAAAACUAUUCUUCACAACUCAGUUGAAUAUUUCACAAAUCGUCUCAUGAAUCGUGGGUCGAAGCUGCCAGGUUGUGACAAGUUCAAAGAGUGCGCUUUACGUUUUGUAUUCUUGUUCAUCAUUACGUAUGUGCUCGCCUGUACGUAUACAAUUCUUGCCACUACGAUCCAAAUUGGCAUUCGUACUUUUAUGUUUGUAUUUUAUGGUAUCCUUGCCUUCCCAAGUGAGGCUAUCAUGAGUAUAAUUUUCACAUUGAUUGGAUUGAUAUAUGUGUACAAAUCGCUGACGAGUUUUAAUGAAGCCUACAACAACUAUCUCUACAUGACGAUAACAAUAUCUCUUGAGCUAGAAGGGGGACGCCUUAGUGAGACGCUGACAGAAGCCAACGACUAUAUCAGCCAGAGUACUGCCGUAUCGCCAUACGUCUUUUACAAAAACGGAGUUCCGGGUAUACACGGACACCUGUACGCUCAUAUAAUAGAGCGAUACCGACCUGUUAGGAUUCGGGUUUUCCUUACCCUCAUAUACCUAGCGAUUGUCGGCGGCUUUAUGUAUACCAGUAUGAGCGUCAUCCAGUCAUUCAAUAGGCAGUCGGAAUUGCCUAUCAUGGUCAAGCUGAUCGCCACGGUCGGUGCUGGGCUAUUGCCUCGACUGUUCCAGAUGUGUUGGGGCUCAACCAACCAAAAAGCAGAGGACGAACAAUUCAAAUAUAAACUCAGAGAGUCGGUUGUAAAGUACUGGGAGAGGCAUCAUUUGUACGUUCCAUUAAUUGAACGAAAGUAGUGUGUUUUGGAUGUUAAAGUGUAAUUAAUGACGCUUCUUGAUACUUACAGAGAAUCUGUACCGCGCAAGCUCAUCAGGAUUGAACAAAUGUGACUUCUAAUUAAACUGAAUCCUAAAACAUUUGUUAGAACUAUCAGGCAUUCAGUGGUAUAUCCAAACAAAAAGUUUCCAGAUUAAUGAAUUCACGGUUUUUUCUAAUUUUAGAAAAUGAAAUGUCUCAACUGAAUAACACUGAACAAUGCCAAGCGUCAUUAUAAAUAUUGGAAAAAGUUCGGGCUACCAAGUAGUUCUCGUAUUAUGUCUAGAUUAUGCUUUUCUCGAAGAAAUAAUGGCGGCUGUAUAAGUUUUCCAAGUUCCGAAAAACAUUUGCAAGAAAGAUGGAAAGUUGGCCAUCACAAAGAAACAACCAACCCUGGCAAGCUUGCAGAUAUUCCACAAGUAUUCGAGAGCCUUGAUGCAGAUGCUAUCCACAACUCCUGCAUAUGGACAACUAGCUAUAGAUGUUUGAAGUAAUCCACUUCCUGCACUGAUCUUACCUUUGUACCAGGAAGAACUGUGUUGGUUAUAGCAAAUUAUGUGCCAUAAUGUUAUUCCUUCUAUUUCUAUUAAUAAGGAGGAAAUAACGAUACACGCUAAAUUAAAUUGUAUAGUGUCAAACAUGGCACAUAAUGUAAUGUUAAGUUGACAUUUGAUUAAUACUAAUUCGAAUAAUGUUUAAAAUAUCAAACCAGA